AUUCAGAAAGCGCGCUGCCAUUUGCAGUUGUGCUGAAGCUGGCAAGCUUGUUACUAGGCGUUCACUUUGGAGUGCCCACCAAGCGUUAUUUGGCUCGGUUCUGAUUAGUUUCAGGCACGGCGAAGUCCUUCUCAGGCGCGUGUCACGUUGUGACCGACGAAAAUCGGCAGGAAGCAUGGAGACGGCCGUGGCCGUGCCCGGAAUUCACGUGGACAUGUCGUCCAAGCGGGGAUCGACAGCCGUGUUCCAGCGGACGACGUGUCGAUCGGCGAGCGUCGAUCAUCGGCCCAAGACGCUGAAGCCCGCCAACGGAGCCGAGUCCGGCGUGCUCAGAAGGCCCGCCGCCGCACGCGAAGAGCCCGCAAGCAACCAGAACAAGCCGCCCGUGCCGACGGGAGGCAGAGGCAUUCACGGUAAGCGGCGCCAGUCCUUCGGCGCCGCGACCGACCACAGUAAGCACCUGUUCAAGAGGCGACGGCGCGACCUGUUCACGCCUCCCACCAAGUUCCUCCUGGGAGGCAACAUCAACGACCCGCUGAACCUGGCCAGCUUCGCUGACGACGAGGUGAACAAGCGCGCGAACGCCGUGACGCCCAAGUCGUCUCCCGUGCCGACUCCGCGGCACAGGACUCAAGUGGAGGUGCUCAUCCCGCCCAACAUCAACGACCCGCUGAACCUAAACUCGGGGGAAGACAUCGAAUUCAAGCUCAUCUCGCCCGGCUCGCGAAAAAGAAAACGUAGGUACAAGCGCAAGUCCAGGAGUGAGGACGACCCGGGCGCCGUUGAAGGCAAUACGACGACUCCUGCCGCUACUGCCACCGCUACUACUACUACAGAUGCCACGGCUCGCGAGGCCUCUUCAACGACCGAUGUCGUCGAUGGUGCUUCCGCUACCGAUGCGGAGGCGCCAGUGACGAUGCCUUCUCCGGCCGUCAGCGCGGCGACGACCUCUCGGAAAACGUCUGGGAGCGCUCAAACGCCUGCUGCGCCCUCCGCGGCUGCUCCCGUCGACAAGAUCGUCUCUCCCGUCGUGCCUCAGGGUUCGCCCGGCAAGUUCUCGCGUCGCAAGUCUUCGGGUGAGACGCGACGUUCGAGCGCCGCGGCCGCCUCGGCGUCUCGUCCGGCGGCGUCCAGCACUAAGAAGCAGCAGCAGAUGCACUUCAGGCCCAAGGACGCCCACUUCCAGUACGGCAACUACAACAGGUACUACGGCUACCGCAACGGCGGAGGCCAAGAGGACCCACGGCUCAAGGCCAUGAAGCCCGAGUGGUUCAAGGGUCGAGACGUGCUGGACAUCGGCUGCAACGUGGGCCACCUGACGCUGUCCCUGGCGCGAGACUUCGCACCGCGCAAGGUGAUCGGACUGGACAUUGACGGCGGCCUCAUCCGCGCCGCGCGUCGCAACGUGCGCCACUACCUGACGGCAGCGCUGGCCGGAGAAAUGUGGUUCCCGGUCUCCAUGGCCAUCUGCCACGGUCCCAUCGCGGCUGCCGCGCUGCCCGGGCGCCGGCCAGAGUCCGUGGCCUUCCCGAACAACGUCUUCUUCGUCGAGGGUAACUACAUCAUGGACAACGAGGCCCAACUGGAAGCGCAGCAGGAGGAGUUUGACAUGAUCCUCUGCCUGAGCCUGACCAAGUGGGUGCACCUCAACUGGGGCGACGACGGCGUGCGGUUCCUGUUCAAGCGCAUGUACCGCCAGCUGCGGCCUGGCGGACGCAUGCUCCUCGAGGCACAGCCCUUCCACUCGUACUCCAAGAAGAAAAAGCUCACGGAGACCACGUACAAGAACUAUCACGCAAUCACCCUUCGGCCAGAAAAGUUCAACGAGUACCUGCUUUCACCAGAAGUCGGCUUUGCAAAGUGUGAACUUGUCGCCACGCCUUCACAUGCUUCCAAAGGCUUCCAGAGGCCCCUCUAUUUAUUCACCAAAGCAGGCUCACUCGACGAGUCGCAAGGUCGGCCGGAGAACAAUGCAACGGUCUCCAGCAGCAGCAGCAGCAGCAACACCGCCACCAAUGCCACCACCAACAAUAACAACAGGAGCUGUGCGCCUGCCACGUCGAAGGCGAGCGGAAAGAAAGAAUGACUUCCCUCUCGUGUUGGGCAGUGUGAUCUUUGUUUUGUCCCGUGUGAUUGUUCCGCUGCACAUCAGACUAUCCUCCCGGUGCAUCACCAUACACAGGAUGGGCCUUGCAAGUGUGCUCGUCAAUUCACUGAACAGCUUUUUUUUUCUCUCUAAUCUCCCUGUAAGAAUUUUUUUGUGUGUUUGUUCGGUGCCUCUUUCAUCGUUCCGUGUUUGCUUCCAAAUGGGACUCUGCUCUCCUCAUAGAGACAUUCUCCACAUGCACAUAAUGCAGCGCCAUCAACUGUUUGCUUCUCUCGAGUUGCCUCCGUUUCUUCAUUGAGGGAGUCGUGUCACAGUGACUUUUUUUUUUUUUGCCACGUCCAAAAAGCAUGGCUGAUAAAAAGCCAGUGCAGUGUUUUUGCAAUGCAAACUGUGUGCCAGUAAAGGAGGUCAUGGAAUGAGCUCUUGUACUGAUUAAACAUUGCUCUAAGAUGACAAAAAAAAUGUCAGUUACUUUAGAAUUGCAGAACUAUGCGCAUAGCUUGCACUGUUUUGAAUUUGUCGUUGCGCUACUUGUUCUACACAUAAAAAUGUAAAAGUGACUAUGAAUACAGAAGAGGCAACAGGCAGUGCUUA